AUGCGAUUACUCUUCAGCAUCUCGGUGCUUUUGAGCGCGGGCCUUCAUGAGGUUGUCGCUCAAACAGGACCAGCUGCCAGCGUGCAGAACAACACUUUCAAUGCUACCCAUGGCCCGUACAACCCCCAAACCGCUAUGGAUAGAAUCAAACAGGCCAAUCUAUCUGCGGAGGUAGGGGAAAAGGUUCUUGUUGCGCUGAAUUUCGAGAGAUCCAAUUGGGCGGGCACAUCGGUUCGCUUGGACCCCUUUUAUACCGACCUCCCAUCCAACUGGUCAUCACUUCCGCCCGGAUCUAUUGUGAAGAUUGAGGAACGAAGCAACAUAUCACUUUACACGAUACCGCCAACCUUAGGUCUCUCCCGAUUUAUCUACACGACUAAAACCUUCAACGGAACUGUUGUCCCAGCUUCUGCUUUCGUACUAUGGCCAUGGUUUACCCAAGAAACUAAAGGCUCCGACGGGUUACCGAUAAUUACUUUAGCACAUGGCGCUAUUGGAUGGUCCGGUGAAGGUGGAAUGAGCCACAUGCGUAAUCUGGGUAACCAUUGGAUGACAACAAGUGCAGCGAGUGCACGCGGCUUCGUUGUAAUUGUCCCCGACUAUGUUGGCUUGGGUCUAGACCACGAUGGACACGGAAACACCAUCCCUCAUCAGUUCUUGGCCAACGAAGCUUCCGGGUAUGAUCUCCUUUAUGCCACAAAAGCCGCCAAGAAGGCAUGGCGACAACUGGGAUCCAAGUUCGUUAUAAUGGGGCAUUCGCAGGGCGGUGGUGCUGCGUGGGGUGCCUCUUUGGUUCUGGGUCGUAAUGAUCAAGAAGCAAAAGACUUGGGCAAGGGCUAUCUGGGGACUAUUGCUGGUGCUCCAUGGCUGUCACUUAAGACUCGGAUAACGCACGAGACCUCUCAGAUUGCUCUCAAUUCUGUGUUGUCGCGUAUAGCCACGGGUGUCAAUUCCAUCUUCCCCGAAUUCUCUCUUACUGAUUGGCUGACUGAGAAGGGAGAACGUGUGGUUGGACUCCUCCAAGAUCUUCAAGGAAGUCAGUCGGUCGCAACCCAACUUUUUAUUUCAGCAGAUCUCAUCAGAUCGGAUUGGGACCAGUCGUGGUACUACCAAUCCUGGGAGCGUUUAACAUCUGUCGUCGCGAAACCCUUUGCCGGCCCUCUACUCGUCCUUCAAGGCACCGGGGACAGCACUGUCAACGCCACCGGUGUGCGUGCAGCCGUCGAUGCCACAUGUGCAGCCAUUGAGAAGGCCAACAUUGAGUAUAUUGAAUUUGAAAAGGUGAACCACCUGCCCAUAUUCUUUUACGGCGAAAACAUCUGGUUAGACUGGGUUCUAGACAGGUUUUCCGGGAAGACCGUCAAGCCGGGCUGUCGAACGGAUGGAUAUGUCAAGCCACUUAGGAAUUCAACUGAGUAUAAAUCUCAGAUGAAUUGGUUCAUCGAGUAUUCCAUGAAUUCUUACUCGGGUUAG